CCCAGGCGACGCCGGCUCCCAGGCGGGCGUUCGUGCCCGGCCCCCGUCUCCCCCUCCCCGCUUAUCCUGGGCAGGGGAGAGCCACGGCGGCUGCGGAAAGUGGGGUCGCCCGCCCCGAGGGGUGAGCAGGCCGGGGAGCAGGACCGCCGCCCGCCCGCCUCUGGCCAUCCAGCAGCCUCGGCAGGGCGGGCCGGGCCGCGCAGCUCCCUCGGGCUUCCUCCGGGCGCGGCGGCCGUUACCCCGCGCAACGGCCGCCAACGCCGGGACGGACGGCGCCAUGGGGGAAGACGGCGGCCGCCGGGCGGCAGACCCCGACCGUCUGGCGCUGGAGCUAGGGCGGGAGAGGCGGAAGAAGCAAAUGCUUGAAAUCUCAAUAUUUGAACUGAGAAACACAGUAACAGAACUGGAAAAAAGACUUAGCAGUGUUGAAGAUGAAGGUAAUGAAUGGAAAACCAGAUAUGAGACACAAGUAGAAUUGAACAAACAGCUGGAAAGGCAAAUUAAUAUUCUUCAAAAGAAAAUGGAGAUUAUUCGUGGCAAUCCAGCAGAUAAAUUGUCCAUCGUUCGCAUCUUUGAUCAAAUGCCUGUGGGUUCCUUAAAGGAGGUUCUUAAACAACUAGAAGAAGAGAAGAAAUGUCUCCAGAAUCAGCUAAAAAACUAUGAACUUAGACUGGAACAAGAAGCAAAGGCUUAUCACAAAGCUAACGAUGAGCGGCGUACAUACCUCUCAGAGAUCUUGCAGACCUCAGCUACACUUAAAAUUGUUGAAAGGCAAAAACCAGAUGCUCUGACAGGCAAGGGAGAAAACCAGAUACUGAGAGGGAGAUGCUGUGUUCCAGGAAACCCGAAGAUGGUUAAUCCCCGAAAAGGAUCGAUUAAAAACACUGUAGGAGUGAAGAAGCUUCCAAAACUAAAGCACUGAUUUAAUAAUAAUGCCAAGAACUUCCAAUCGCUUUUUAAAAAAUUAAUUUAACUGAAAGCUUCUAAAUUGAAAAUGAAUGUAUUUUUGCCAUGUUAUAAUACCAAACCCAGAUUGGCAUGUCUUCUUGGCAGCCUUAAUGUAAGUGUUCCUCUGCCUAAUGGAAUUGUUCUUCUAGUUGCCGUCUUUGUUCUGGUGAUCUCUGACCCUUUCCCUUCUGGUUCACAUCAGUGAUUCUGGGUGUCAGGGAGUUGGAAGCCUUGGAGAACAUUUAAUUUCUUCAUACACUGUGUAGAUCCUUGAACUCUUUGAUUGCACAGCAACUGUUGAAAACAAAGAAGCCUCUAACAUUUUUGACCUCUCAACCAAGAAGAAGAAAAAGGCAGACUGAUGUAACCUGAAGUAUUAUCUCACCACCCAAAACAGUAAAUCUCAGAUAAAAAUUCCAUCCAAGGGCAUCCCCAUUCAGUAUAUGCAGCAAAGAAAGCUGCUCAAGUAGUCUGAUGUUGGUACAGCUGAACGUGCCUUUAAUUUGGCUUUAAAAAGACAGCAUAGUUUACUAGCCAGUCUGAUUCCUUAUGUGGUACCACACAGUAGAGUCCCUUUACAAUAUAAAGUUGUUUUAUAUUCCAUGAGCUUUCUUACUCUAGCAGAGGAGACAAAACACCCCAAAUUUAACUUUUUUAAAGGCUGGCUUACCACAGAUCCUGUGUUGACCGCCACUUUCUGUCUGCGUGGUUUAAAAGCACACCACCAUUUCCAGCUGCUUUAGGCACUAGUAAAGGGGACAAAUAAAAGAAGACCUGAGCACUUUUUAUUAAGGAUUCUUCAGAGCCUGUCUUGUGGAGGGGUUGUUUAUUUUAAUCACUAUAUCCACAUUGUGUUUCCUGGUAUUGGUGUGUUGCUAUUCGAAAUUUGAACUCUCAGAUGAACCUUUGUAUCCACACUGUGGGUUCUGUAAAAAUCUCUAUGCAUUCUUCAGUGGCACUGAUCCAUGUGUUUUUAGCAUUCGAAAUAGUGCCAGUCUUUAAAGUAAUUUCUUCAAUAAAAGGAGAUCUACUUUGUAUUUUCAUUCUUAAGCAUGCAAUUACUGUUUCAGUUUCAUUACCUACAUUUUAGUCAUUAAACUUCAGCAGAAUUUUUUUAAGUGGCAACAGGAAACAUGUUUUGGUAAUGAAGCUUCAAGCCUUUGCAUUACAUCUUAAAAGCUCUUGGCAGAGCAAAUGUGAUUGAUUGACUGCCCUUUAUUAUUUUUAAGAGCAUCCCUAGCUCUUUGCAGUAUCUAAUAAAGCUUUUUGCCUCUUUAAGAGCAGUACCUUAUUACUGGCAGCAUUAAAGUGAGGCUGUAAUUACACUUAUACAAAAAGAUCAAUGAUGUCAUUCUAAAAUGCAAAGAAAGAAAGACCUGCAGUAUUGUACAGCACAUUCAGUAUGGAAGCGCCGGGUUUUUUUCUUACAUAGUAUGAGAUUUAUUACAGAUAUUUCUAACGUUACCAUGAUGCACCUGGUAUCAUCCUUUCAUAAGCAGGGUGGUCUGCCUGGCCAGUUUUUUCCUCACAGUCACAGUUGAAAGCAUAGCACAGCUGAUUAGGCUAACAAUCUUCUUUCUGUUCCUGUUUUUCACGUGGAAAAUUUCCAAAUUUUGAUUGUGCUGGCAUUUGUCAUUGUGAAGAAGGAGAGGGAAAAAAAAUCACCAUAAUGGCUCUAUUGGCAUAAAAGACAAGGGACAUCUGCAGCAGUGAAGAAUACCCAGUUCUUGGAUUCAUGCAGCAGACAUUUACUACUGCUGUCCCUGAAUCAAACAUCAGUCAAUGCACUCAAGUCCGGUCCCUGUAACACCUCAAAAUAACUUGAGACAUUGCACGAAUGUGGCAGAACGACGUUUAUUCACAGCAGGAGACUUGGACACUUUCCUCUUGGGUAGUCCUCACUGAGGACUUAAAAAGAUGUUUGGUUUUUCUUUAACCCUAAGAAGAUACAUUUAUUGGUACAGUUUCAAAAGUGUUGUGCUAUUUAUUUGGACCUGAAUAAAAGUUUUACACUGCUAGUUUUCCCAAACCAUGUUGGAAUUUGUUUGGUUUGGUGGUUUUGGAUGGAUGAGCGUUUUGAAUUUCCUGGAUUUAUCUUGAGUGGACUUUUCUCACUGGUAUUAUGUUGUGCUGUGAAAUGGCGUUUGUUUACAUUUGCAGCAGUGAAGAGUUACAGGUCUUUACACAAUAUCUUCUAUACGAAUAUUUCUGCACAUUUAGGAGUAAUUAAUCCUUCAAAGCGCAGCAUGUACUAUUAUUCCCAUUUUAGGCAUAGAAGACUGAAUCACAGAGCUAGGUUUAUUUAACAUAGAGACGGGAGUGUAGUGAUGUCUGAUUUUUCCCUGAUUUCACGACGGGGUGAUCUUUUGUAAUGUUGCUAACUGUUAGAAGGUAAAGUCUGUCUCCACUAAAGUCUCUGUGCAUCACAUUCGAAACAGUGGACAAAUCUGAAGACAAAAAUGGGGAAUUGAAUUGCUGACAGUUGUGGUCGGUGAGGGAAUGGAGCUAAACGUCAGGGGAAGAUGGAAUUAGAGCUGAAGGUCUGAAUCUGGCCAAACUUCUUCCUGCAGCACAGAAUGUAAUUGGGAUUCCAGAUGUACUGGUUGUAGUGUGUAAGUGCCUUUAAUUGAUGGACCAAGAAAUGUGAUAUCGUAACUCUUGGGACUUGAGAGUAUGCUUCCCUUAUGGGGUUACUCAUGUAACUCCACUGACUUCAGAUGAGUCAUGACUUUGAGGUAACUAUGGCAUUUUAAUUAUUUACCUGUAUUGUUGCUGGAAAAUGUGAGUGAAAACACUCAAAUACUGGUAAGCAAACAUUUCUUAUUUCCUGAGAUUCCUUUUUUUCCCCCCUCAUGACUUAAGAGGUUAUUGAGUCAUGAUUUUUCUUUUUAAU